AUAAACCAUUACUACUACACUAUACUCAGGGCAGGAGGCGUGUGUGGCUCUGUGGCUGUUACUGUAGAGGGUCUGUGAAGUGUGUGAGGAGGAGGAGUGCAGGAAAUAUGGGUCAGAGCCACAGCAAUGGGUCGGGGGGCGGCAGCCAAGGCGGUGAUGACAAGAAGGACAAGAAGAAGAAGUACGAGCCGCCGGUCCCUACUCGUGUUGGCAAGAAGAAGAGGAAGAUGAAGGGACCCGAUGCUGCCAACAAGCUUCCUCUGGUGACGCCACACACGCGGUGCCGACUCAAGAUGCUGAAGUUGGAGCGCAUCAAGGACUAUCUGCUGAUGGAGGAGGAGUUCAUCCGCAACCAGGAGACUCUGAGGCCACAAGAAGAGAAGCAGGAGGAGGAGCGCAGCAAGGUGGAUGACCUGCGAGGCACCCCAAUGAGUGUGGGCACCCUGGAGGAGAUCAUUGACGACAACCACGCCAUUGUCUCUACCAGCGUUGGCUCGGAGCACUAUGUCUCCAUCCUCUCCUUCGUCGACAAGGACCAGCUCGAGCCCGGCUGCUCCGUCCUUCUCAAUCAUAAGUGUACGGUCCAUGCAGUGGUGGGUGUGCUGAGUGACGACACAGACCCCAUGGUGACGGUGAUGAAGCUGGAGAAGGCGCCGCAGGAGACCUAUGCUGACAUUGGAGGUUUGGACACCCAGAUUCAGGAGAUCAAGGAGUCGGUGGAGCUUCCCCUGACCCAUCCUGAGUACUAUGAGGAGAUGGGCAUCAAGCCUCCAAAGGGUGUCAUCCUGUAUGGCCAGCCCGGCACCGGCAAGACCCUGCUGGCCAAGGCUGUGGCUAACCAGACCAGUGCCACCUUCCUCAGGGUGGUCGGCUCAGAGCUCAUACAGAAAUACCUGGGUGACGGGCCCAAGCUGGUGAGGGAACUGUUCCGUGUGGCUGAGGAACACGCACCAAGCAUUGUGUUCAUUGACGAGAUCGAUGCCAUCGGCACCAAACGUUAUGACUCCAACUCGGGCGGUGAGCGGGAAAUCCAGCGCACCAUGUUGGAGCUCCUCAACCAGCUGGACGGCUUUGACUCCAGGGGGGAUGUCAAGGUCAUCAUGGCCACUAACAGGAUCGAAACUCUUGACCCGGCACUCAUCCGACCAGGCAGAAUUGACCGGAAGAUUGAGUUCCCUCUGCCCGACGAGAAGACCAAGCGUCGCAUCUUCCAAAUCCACACCUCCAGGAUGACCCUGUCCGACGAUGUCAACCUGGAUGAGCUCAUCAUGGCCAAGGAUGACCUCUCCGGUGCUGACAUUAAGGCUAUUUGCACUGAGGCCGGGCUGAUGGCACUCAGGGAGCGGAGGAUGAAGGUCACCAGUGAGGACUUCAAGAAAUCGAAAGAGAAUGUAUUGUACAGAAAGAAGGAGGGAACCCCUGAGGGUCUCUAUCUUUGAGGGGCCAUUGCUUCAUAUGUCCUACAAGUCUUUUUUUUAUUUAUGUAAUUCUAGGUCAAUAGGCAGUUUGUAUAAGUGGAAGGAAAGUGAAGUUGAAAUAAAUGUAAUAAUGUAAA